AUGAAUGCAAGCGAUUAUUACGGUUUGGAAGAGCUACGUCGUGCUUGUUCGGGAUUUGUUCAGUCUUGCAUAAAUGUCGAUACAGUUUGUGCUCUAUUAAGUUCAGCGGAGAAGUACAUUCAAUAUAAGUGCACAAAGUCACUCGUACAGAAAGUUUUAGAAUUCGUUGAUGAGCAUGGAAAUGAGGUAUUGAAUUUGGGUUCAUUUACUCUUUUACCGCAACACGUUGUGCGACUGAUUUUGGUACGAGAUGAGCUACAGGCUGAUGAGUUUACGAAAUUUCAAGCAGCUUUAAUGUGGAGUAAAAAAUUCUGCGAUGCAAAUCCAUUGACACCUCUCAAAGAUGUAAUCAGCAACUUUUUAGAGUAUAUACAAUUUCACAAAAUACCUGCAAAUGUUUUAAUGCGAGAAGUUCAUCCAUUGGGAGUCGUACCGUAUUCAAUUAUAAUGAAUGCUCUCGCAUACCAAGCAGAUCCUGCCUCUGUUGAUCCAGGUAAGCUCUCACCCAACUCGAGUCGUGUACGGAGAGCUCGUCAAUCACACGGUCGUUCAAUGUCGGUACAGAGUUCAUUAGAUCCUUAUGGUUCGAAUACAACAUUAAGUUCAAGUGGGAGCAGUGGCGAAGCUGUAAGUGCUCCACACAGCAAAUAG